AUGACGACAAUGGUCCACUUCGCUUUGUGCAUCUACUCUGACGAGGCCUACGGCCGGGGCAUCUACCUGGCAAUGCAAGAGCAGGCCACCGCUGCCGGGGAACCGGAUCGUCUGUCAGGCCACCGGCUCCGGUACAUGGCCCAGUCCUUCGAUAAAGAGGAGGCACGCGGCGUGGUGCAACAUGCCAAAGCUCAAGGUUCUCGCUUCGUGCUGGUCGCGAUGGUGAAGCAUCUGGGGGGACUGCUUCUCGUUCUGGAUGAGGAAGGCAUGCUGGGUCCCCACUGGCAGAUCUUGGGCUCGGAGUACGUGGGGGAUAUGACGCCGGAGGAGUUCCCCGUGGGCUACAUGCGCAUGAACCCUGCCGACAACGGUCCGAAACUGGACGCCUUCACAGAUUUCUGGUCUCAGCUGACCCGGGAGGAUGUUGUGGGCCCGGCGGCGCAGGCCCGCUACAAGCUGGGAAGCUUGAAGAUUCCUCUGGAGGACAACCCAUCUCCCCCGAUUACCGACAGCUUGUUCGCGGGUGGAGAUGGUGUCGGCUCGGUCGACCGCUUCCUCAUCGAUGCAGGCUACAGCUUCAUCCUGGCCAUCAACAGCCUCCUCAACGAAGGCUUCAGUCUCCAGGAGAUCCGAGGGCAGCGUCUGCUGGAGCAGCUGCAGAAAACGACUCUUGCUGGCCUCACGGGCUACGUAAGCUUCGACGAGAACGGAGAUCGGGCCGGCAACUACUACCACCUGCUGAACAUCCAGGUGGUCGAGGGCCAGCGCGCUUGGGUGAAAGAGGGCAUUUUCGACCAGGCGAACCAACGGCUGAACAUCUCGGAGAACUUGACCUGGAUGGAUGGAAAUCGCAGCACUACUGCACCGACGCAUCUCUUCUUGGUGGCGGACUGCGAGAGCGGCCUUUUCCAAGAUGAUCCGCGGUGCCAGCCCUGUCCCAAAGGCUUUUUCUGCGUGGGUGGCAACUCCUCCUUCCAGCCUUGCCCACGAGGAACCUUUACGAAUGAGACGGGUAUGUCCAACUGUACAGCCUGCGAUGUCGGACGCUUCUCGUCAACGGUGGCCUCAAGCGGUUGCCUCUUUUGCAACCCGGGCACCCACGCGAACCGCACGGGCCUGGCCCUGUGCGACAAAUGCCCAAAAGGCACCUACUUCAACGAUUCUGGUGCAGUGCACUGCACGAAGUGCCCUUUGAAUUUGACUACGCAGGAGUCGGGUUCCAUCGAUUUCUCAGAAUGUCUGUGUGCCGAGGGGACCUUCCUUUGUGAAGGCUUGGGUUGUCUUCCCUGUCCUGGUGGCCUGAACUGCCCGGCGGGGCGGGGACCGCCCCUACGACAAGCAGGGUAUUGGUCUCCCGCGGGAGUGCCCGAGCAGUGUACCUUCAAAGUCCUGCGGUGUCGGAACGGAUACCAAUGCACGGAGAACGCGGUGCUCGGGGAGUGCCCAGAGGGGCGGAUGGGCGAUGCGUGCACGAUUUGCAAGCCUAACCACUAUCCGGCUCCCAUGGGUGAAUGCGCCAUCUGCGAGCCCGUGCAUGUCCUGGUGGCGGUUGUGGCCACUCUCUUCGUGACGUUCUUCUCCGUAAUGUUCCUGUCGAACAUCAACACCGACCUUCACCAGAAGAGUUUGAGCUUGUUAACGGUCGCGCUGAUUGGCGGUCAACUCGUCCUAGCUGUGCAGGCGCUUGGGUCCAUCCAGAGGACGAGCAUCAGAUGGGUGCCACCGGUCCGAGACAUCAUCGUUCUUACCAAGCUCGCUUUCUUCGAAUUCGAUUUCAUACGGAUCUCCUGCAUGUUCGCCUCAGAUGACCCGGUGGGGGGCUUCUUUGCCAAGCUCUUAGCCUGUCCCGCAGGGCUUUGCAUCUUUAUCGGAGCUGGCCUGGUUGCAAAGCUGCGGGGCAAACAUUCAUCCUUUGAUGCCCUGUUCAAUCUCUGCGGCAUGGCUUUCUUUGCGCUCUUCAUCGGCCUGACGAUGACGGUGGUUGAGCCGUUCAAGUGCCAGCCAAAUCCAGACGGAACUUGGUCUCUGUCCUCCAAUCCGGCGAUCAUUUGUUUUGAUUCCUCGGAGCACUUGGCCAUGUUGGGGCUCUCCUGCUUCGGGUUCAUCUGCUACCCUAUAGCCAUCCUCUCCUGGGCGGCUUACGCGGUGAUAAUGUACCCGGUCUGGAUCACCAGUGGAGCCGGCCUCCGCAUCGUAAGCCGCCAUCGCUUCCUCUUCCAGCGAUUCCGACCUACCUUGACAGCCAUGGCGUCCCAGACAACUUCCCGCGAUGCCGCCGUGGAGUACGAGGGCCUGGUCCACAAGCAGCCAGUGGCUCGCACCUCCCGCAAAUGGUACUUCCUCGGUGCCGGCCUUGCUCUGCUCGGCGUCGCCGGGGUCGCAGCCAAGGCAAUGAGCUCCGGUGGCGUGCUGUUUUCCUCGAGUGCCGCACGGAAAGGUACCAUCCAGGCCGCUGAGACUUGGGAGGAGCUGCCCGGUAUUGACAAGGUCAUCCGCAAGGCGCAGAGCUUGAAGCAGGAGAAGCCGAUGCGCAACUUGCAGGAUCUCUUCUAUGACUCCCAGCCGGAGGAGCUGCCCUGGAUUCGCACGGAAUGCGUGAUUGACACCGUACAAGCUGCCGCCUACCUUGGCCAGGCUGUCGUGUUCCUCUACAAGGCCAUUGACUACGAUGGGCUUGAGUGCCCGAACAACUCGCCGGUGGGAUGCGCCGCCAGUGUCGCAGGCUUCAUCACGUCCAUUAGUUGGAUCGCUUCGUACCUGUCCUUUGCCGCGAACGCUUGCGGCCAGGCUGUUAACAACGGUGGAUUGGUCAUCGCAGACACAGGGGUGCCCGUAGGGGAUGGAGAAUGCGUUUUCACAGCCGCAUACAACAGUCGCACAUGCCGCACAAGGUUGCCGGAGAUCGCAGGUGUGUGUCUGGCAGGUUUCCUCUUAUGGAACCGAGUCAGUCAAGACAAACGCGCUCUUUGUGCUGGCGAUUUCACGGCACUUAUGGCCAACUUCGGAGAGAUCGCCACCGUGGGCGCCGCUGCCAGGGCGGACUGCAACUUCGGCAAGAACGCUCUCCAGAUCCUCACGCGCACCGAGACGAUCUCCCCUCCCUGGAAGGAGUUCGUCCCGGCGGGAGCCUCGCCGGCGGUCGACAAGGCCUUGAAGAUCAAAGGCCACAAGGACCAGCAGCGCAACCGUGACUACGACAUCGUGCAGUGCGCCGUGGACGUCACUAACUCCGCUUCCUACAUCGUCCGAGUCAUCCUCCAGAUUCGCGCCGCAGGCAGUGCCUGUGCGGACCCCAAGUCCUGCGCAGUUGGCAUCAUGAACAUCAUUUCCUCCUUUGCGUGGAUCUCGCAGUUCACGGCUCUCGCCGUCUCGGACUGCCAAGUGGGUGCCGACCAGAAAGCUCUGUGCACUGCAGACAUCUCCGACAUGGUGGCUGCGCUCACCAACGGCCCGGCUGCCGGCAUCGCCUCCACUUCUGACUGCGCGGACCUCUAA